AUGGGCAAAUUGAAAGACGACGUCGAGACGUCGAAGUCUGAUGCCUUGCCAAAAUACCACUUCCGAGACGCCUCCUUACCGACAUGGCGGUUUUGGCUACUCAGUAUCGGACUUUGCCUAGGGCUUUUCCUAUCCAUGCUGGACUCUUCCAUUGUCGCCACGAGUUUGUAUACCAUCGGCGCGGAAUUCGACUCGAUGGAACUCAUCAACUGGGUCGCGCUGGCCUACACGCUCACGUAUCUCAGCUGUGCGGUGUUGUUCGCCCGCGUAUCUGAUGUUGUCGGCCGACGCAACGCCUUCUUGGCAAGUUUUGUCAUCUUUUUUGGUUUCUCGCUGGGUUGUGGGUUUGCGCAGAACCUGGAGCAGUUGAUCGCAUGUCGGGCACUUCAAGGACUGGGUGGAUCCGGCUUGUACUCCAUCACCAUGAUCAUUUUCCCCGAGGUCAGUCCCAAGCAUCUGCGCCAACACAUCGCCAGUCUGGUGGGAAUGGUGAUCGCCAGUGCCGGCGUCCUCGGCCCCGUGCUCGGUGGCAUUCUGACCCAUUACGCUUCUUGGCGCUGGAUUUUCUGGAUCAACGGUCCUGUCGGUUUCGUGUCCAUGAUCGUCUUCUAUCUGACCUGGCCCCGAGCUGAGCACCUGCCGAACCUACAACGGAGGUCAUGGAAGGAGUUGGACUUCGUGGGUUCAUUUCUCCUGGUAGCGGGCUCUGUGCUGGUCGUCUUCUCGUUCCAGAACGUCGGCUCGGACGGAGACAAGUGGCAUGAGGCUGUCUUCAUCGCCCCAGUCACCAUCGGUGCCCUCUGCUUCGUCGCUUUACUCGUGUGGGGAGGACUUGUCGCCCGCUUCUGGGAGAGGCGCAUCAUGGCGGCCAUUCCUAUGCGCCUCCUGCGCAACCACGUCUAUGUGGCCGCCAUGCUGAACACAAUGUUCCUUGGCUUCCCAUAUCUUUUGGUCGUGUACGCCUUUCCCAUACAUCUCCAGAUCGUCAAUGAGAAAAGCUCACUGAUGGCGGGGAUAUUGUUGUUACCGAUGCUGGGUUCUGUCGCCCUCGGAAGCACGCUCGGUGGAUUGAUGAGCAAGAAUAGGAACCUCCUGUUCGAGACCAUGCUCGCGGCGAGCUGUUUUAUGACGCUGGGCUGCGGCCUUUUGACGACGCUCUCCUCGUCGGUUGAGCUGGAGCCAAAAGCACUGGGGUUUAUCACCCUCAUCGGAUUCGGAUUCGGGUUGUCGGCCACAUCGUCCACCAUUCUGGGCACGACUGAGUCCGAGAUUCCAGAUCAUGCGCCGGCCCAGGGCAUCAUUGCGCAGGUGCGUAUUCUGGGAGGCAGUCUAGGCAUCGCAGCAUCGACGGCGAUCCUGGGCACGAAAAUGCGGCAGGAACUGGCCGGGGUACUGAAGCCGGAUCAAAUGGCAUCGAUCCACGGAGGGGGGAUGGAUCUGACCCAGUCGCAGGCCACCGCCGUCCGCCAAGUGUACGCGGACUCAUUUCAGCAAGACAUGAAGGUGGGGUCCAUUCUAGAUGGAGAGAAGACGGAGGGCAUCUGCGGCAACAACGCUCGUGUCUUCGACAGGGUGAACGGCGUCUGA